AUGGCGUUCACCUUCGCCGCGUUCUGCUACAUGCUCACCCUGGUGCUGUGCGCCUCCCUCAUCUUCUUUGUCAUCUGGCACAUCAUAGCCUUUGACGAGCUGCGGACUGACUUUAAGAACCCUAUCGACCAGGGCAACCCAGCGCGGGCACGCGAGCGUUUAAAAAAUAUCGAACGCAUUUGCUGCCUACUGAGGAAGCUGGUGGUCCCAGAAUACUCCAUCCACGGCCUCUUCUGUCUGAUGUUUCUGUGUGCAGCUGAGUGGGUGACCCUGGGCCUCAACAUCCCCCUCCUCUUCUACCACCUCUGGAGGUACUUCCACCGCCCUGCAGAUGGCUCUGAGGUCAUGUAUGACGCCGUCUCCAUCAUGAAUGCCGACAUCCUCAACUACUGCCAGAAGGAGUCCUGGUGCAAACUCGCCUUCUACCUGCUCUCCUUCUUCUAUUACCUGUACAGUAUGGUUUAUACGUUGGUGAGUUUCUAA